CAUCGGCUACCUCGCCAGCCCCUCUUUCUCUCUUUCUAUAUUUCGUUCAGACCUUUUUUCUCAUUUCUCUCUCUUUCUUUCAAAAUGGCUUCUUUUCCUCAACACCAGUUUCAACCACACUACCAACCCCAACAACAACAUCAACAACACCAUCAACAACAAUCCAAAUCCUUCAGGAACUUGUACACAAUCGACGGUCAGAUAUCACAGCCAGUGUCCUAUUACAACCCCACUACUCAUCUUCAAGAUCAAUCUCAACACCCCCCUUAUAUUCCUUCGUUCCAUGUGGUAGGGUUGGCUCCUGGUCCGGUCGCUGCGAACGACGGCAGUGACGGCGGGGCCGAGUUGCAAUGGAAUUAUGGGGUGGAGCCCAGGAAGAAGAGGUUGAAGGAGCAGGAUUUCUUGGAGAACAAUUCUCAGAUGUCGUCUGUUGAUUUCUUUCAACCGCGAUCGGUGUCCACGGGUUUGGGCUUGUCUCUUGACAAUAAUACCCGAAUGGCUUCCACCGGAGACUCCGCCUUGCUGUCACUCAUUGGGGACGAUAUUGACCGCGAGCUGCAGCGGCAUGACGCUGAGAUUGAUAGAUUCCUCAAAGUCCAGGGUGACCGGUUGCAGCAAAAUAUUUUAGAAAAGGUACAGGCCACCCAACUUCAAACUCUCUCUUUUGUAGAAGAAAAGGUCCUUCAGAAACUCCGUGAGAAAGAGGCUGAGAUGGAGAGCAUUAACAGGAAGAAUGAGGAACUUGAAGAGCGAAUGGAACAGUUAACUGUUGAAGCAGGUGCUUGGCAACAGCGAGCUAGAUACAAUGAAAACAUGAUCUCAGCUCUUAAAGUUAAUCUUCAGCAAGUGUAUGCUCAAAGUAGAGACAGUAAAGAGGGAUGUGGUGAUAGUGAAGUAGAUGAUACGGCUUCUUGCUGCAAUGGCCGUUCCAUUGAUUUUCACCUGUUAUGCAAGGAGAACAAUGACAUGAAAGAGAUUAUGACUUGUAAGGCUUGUAGAGUCAAUGAAGUUUGCAUGCUUUUGUUGCCUUGUAAGCAUCUCUGCCUAUGUAAAGAAUGUGAAAGUAAGCUUAGUUUUUGUCCCCUGUGUCAGGCUUCCAAGUUUAUUGGCAUGGAGGUCUAUAUGUAACAGAUACGUGUGAAAGCUCUAAUGUUAUAUGCAUUGCUCUUGUCAUUUUGUUGA